UUAAAGAUAUAGACGUCAUUUUGACAGACUUCCAAUAAGUGAAAAAUGGCUGACUUUCUGAAGGAGUUGCCAUCCUACGAUGAAAACAAUUUCACAAGAUUUAAUUCAGAAACUGGAUUAAAAUCUAGUGUAAAAAAACCCUCAGUGUAUAUAUGUACAAAGGAUCAUCCAUCUGAACAAGUGAUAACAACAGAAAAGACCAAUAUUUUAUUGCGAUAUCUCCACCAACAAUGGGAUAGAAAAAAUUGCACAAAGCGUGAUUCAGCGAAAGCCAAUUUGGAGACAAGUGAGGGCCCAUGUCCAGUGAAAAUGGCACGGCUGUCACAGGAAGAUUCCACCUGAACACACCUUCUACCUCAAGCCUCAGUCUUAUCAAAUUUUAAUGUCACUUAUACCAAAUAAGUUACUAAGAUUUUACCAAUAUGUAUCUGCUGUUUUACUGAUGUAUUCGAGAUAAACUUGGCAUUGUUAACAUAGAUUGUAUUUCUAGGUACACUAUAGAGAGCAUGGUUUAGUACAUGCCGAAAAAUAUUAGAACUUUUAUUAACUUAAGUCUUUUUACUUUUUUAUGUUUUUUUCAUGGGGCAUUACACAUAAAGUAAUGACUCAAAAAGUAAAAUCUGAUAAAUACUGCAUUUAUAAAUUAUUUUUUAUUACUUCAUACAUGUAACAGUCAUGACAGUAUAACUGAUGUCAUCCUAACAGCUAUAAUGUACUGACUGAUAGAAAGUUGGAAUAGAUAACACUUAUGAUAUGCAUUUCAUACAAAACCAUUGUCAAUGUAUAUGCAUAAUAGAGUAUUAUGUUAUUUGAAUGGAUUCCUAUGGGUAAAAUACAGGCCCAUUCAUUAUAUGUGUGCCAUUUGAUAUAGUGGUUAACUGAGAUUUCUGUUACUGAAGUCUGUGUUCAGCAUUUCAGAAAUGCAUCUGUGUGAUUUAUUUGGAGCAUACAAUGUUUGAAUGAUUCUGUUUGGGUUGUUUAAAAGUGCAGAAAGUCUGAUCGUUUCAUAUUUGUUUAUUUUUUGUACUUUACCAUUGAUAAUUAUGGUAGUCUUUCAUUACAAAUUGUGUUUUUAGCUCAACUACUCAAAGAAUAAGGAGGCUGUACUACUCGCCCAAGUGUUGGCGUCCAGUUUAAGUUUUAGGACAAUUUGGCAUUUACACUUAUAACUCACAAUACCUUUCAUUCAAUUCACUAAAUACUUCACACAGUUGUUCAGGACCAUCACACAAGGUGGUUACAUAUCUCCAUAUUAUCCUUAAUACAUAUUAUGGUUUUAGGGCACAUUUUUUAGGUUAAAGUUUUAGGGCAAAGUGGGAUUUAAACUACCACUAUUAACUUCUAUACCCUUCAUUCAGUUUACUUCAUACUUCACAUAAUUAUUAAUGCCCAUCUUACAGUUAGGUACCAUAACACCAUUUCAUCCUAUGUACAAAUUAUGGCCCCUGAUUGUCUUCAGAACUUCGGUUACAGUUUAAGGGCACAUUGUGUCCAGGAAAAGUUUAAGGGUAAUUUGGGAUUUUUACUAAAUACUUUAAUACCCUUCAUUCAUUUGACUUAUACUUUACAAAGUUGUUAAGGGUCAUCAGGUAGUUGGGUUACAUUUUUCCAUAUCAUCCUAAAUACAUAUUAGGGCCCUUGUUCAACUUUUAAGCUUCGUUUAAGUUUUUUUGGCUUCAUUGGGUUUUAACUCAGAUCUCGAAUACUGCUCAUUCAAUGGCCUUCAUACUUCAAACUGAAGCUAUCACACAAUUAGGCUGCAAAACUCCAUAUUAAUCCUUAAUACAAAUUAUAGCCCUUGUUUUUAGUUUGGUUUUUUUGUUGUUUUUUUGCUUUUGUCAGCCACAUUUUUAUAUUUUUUAACCUAGCUAUAAGACUGUUGUAUGUUGUUGUUUGGGUGGACCAGCGGGACGGCAGCGUCAAACUCACCUAUGGUAUUGAAUAAUUUAAGUUGGGUUUCACAUACAGUGACCAAUCAGGGUUUAAAGGAAGAGUUUGUGGAGACCUUUCAAGGUCACUGUUACUAAAAAUAGAAAAACAGUUGGUAUGGAAUAACUUAAGUUAACUUACGGUUGAUAUAUUGUGACCAAACUUGGUAUAUAGUUAAAGUUUAUGGAGACCUUUCAUGAGACCCUUAGGGUCAAGGUCACUGUUACUAAAAAUGGAUAACUGUUUGGUACUAUAUAACUUAAGUAAUGGUUGACAUAUUGUGACCAAACUUGGUAUGUAGGAAGAGAUUAUGGAGGACAUUUAUGGGAUUGUAUUUGGGGGGGUCAAGGUCAAGGUCACUGUUAUUAAAAGUAGAGAGAAAAAAACAGUUGAAACUUAAUUGCCGAACAAAGGGUGAAGUUCUUCUUUCAAUCAUUGAAAACCAGGUUUUAUCACCUUACGAUGUUUCUUCUUACUUUUAAAUUUGACUCUUUUUUUUAAAAGUGCUUUUGACAGGCACAUAUUACAUCAUUAUUGUGUUCAUUUCUAAGAAGCGGCAUUUAGUUGAGGGUGCUGUCCUAAGACAGAUCUUGUUUUAAAUGGAUUUUUUUUUAAAAAUGGUCUGAGUAUUGUGAAAGUCAUGUCAGAAUCAGCAUCGUAGUGCAUACACAUUAAAGUUAGCGAUAACUCAAAAGCUUUUUAAUAAAUUCAAAUGACAUUAAGUAGACAGGUUUGCCAGCGACAACAUGCACAUGUAUAGCAAGGCCAUAAAACUGGCUUUAAUAAUUAUUGAGUUAUACCCCUUCUUUGACUUGGUGGGAAAAACAGACAUGUGUUGGAAUUUGCUCCAAGGUGCUUUUUUAUUCAGUGCAGUUUGUUAAAACUUGUUUAAUUUUACAACGAUUGUGAAACAAGCUAUUGCAACUUAUAUUAAUCACUCUCGUUGGCAUGAUGUUGCAUGAGAGUGUGGUCUUGUGUUGUUGGGGAAACUAGAUUACCCGGAGAAAACAAACUUGUCCAGCUUGGUGACCACUAACCAAACUCACAUGCGCCCAGGCUGGGAUUCGAACCCGGGUCGCCUUGGUGAGGAGCGAGUGCGCUAACUACAGUUAUACUGACCAAAAAGAAAGUUAGAGUUAAAAAUACUCUUUAUUUCAGCAGCUGUCUGACACAUAGUGACAUUUCUGUAUAAAUUUACUUUUUCUAAUAUUGAUCAUGAUACUGAACCAGAUUCUCACAUUCUGCUCAGCUGGGAUAACAUACACCAGAUUCAUAAGUGCUGCUCAGCUCAGAGAGCAUGCACUUGGAGUGUGCCCUUUAGCCUGAACAUUGAAAUUAAGGAAGAGACAUUUAUCUUCUGGUGUUUGGCCAUUCUUGUAUUAACUGUUUCUUAAACAGCAAUGGACUUAAAUGGCACUGCAUUCUUGUUGCCAGUCAACUUGUCAAAUGUGCUUGUGUUUUUUUAACGAAAUACUCACUGGAUGUAGUGGAAGGUUCUGUGUACAGUUUUCUGUAAGAAGUAAGAACUUCUGAUGCCAGGGUAGACAUGGAUGUUUCGAGCGAUUAAUAUGAUAUAUCUGAUGUGUCACCACAUAAUUGCAGCUUGUAUUGUAUAGUUGGACUUUUGGGGUCAUAUUUUAAGCCAUCAGCAUUAUUAUACAAAGAAGUACAGACUAGUACACAUUUUAUACAGAUUUUAGUCAUUUAAUGUUUCUGGAUUGCAUACAAGUGUAGUUACAAUUGUAAAUCAAAACUUGUUGAUGAUGUCUUAGCCAUGGUGACUGCUUUUAACAAUAUUACAAGUCAGCAUUAAUUUUGUGUUAGUUGUAUGAACAAUCUGGACAUUCCAUCAGCAAAAUACCCUAGUUAAUUAACAAUCAUUCUGAAUGACAACCAGAAAUAUGAAGAAAAAAUGAAGGGCCAGUCAUACUGUUUAUAUAGUUGGAAUAUCAACAACCCCCAGUAUUUGAAGCAAUUACUACUUUGUUAGCCCCGCAAUGAUUCUUUUAAUAUUAAUAAAAAUGUAUACAAAAUUAUUAGGGAUGCAAACGAAUGGCAAAAUUUUAAAUUAUGUUUUCAGUUUGGAAUAGACCAUUAAUAAAGAAAACCAUGUUUUUUAAGGAAAAUAGUUGCUUUGUGCUGAUGGUUGCCAUGGCAACACAAAUAAGAUAUAUAUUCUACUACAACAAACUUAAAAAAAAUUACCUUGUCAAAAAUCAUGUUUUUUAAUUAUUUUUAAUACUGAAUUACAAAUGUCUUUAUAACAUGUUGUCUUAGAGACUGAGUUGUAUGUUUGUAAUGUACUUGCAGCUAAUGCUUUUAUGGUUGUACAGGUUACACAUUUGGUUCAUUCUUUCAAGAUUUCAAAAAUCUUGUUAAUUCUUAGGACUUGUGAGUGAAAACUGUGCUAUGUGCUUCAUUUUGUUCAUUUCUUCAUUUUGUUUGAUUAUGUGAAACUGUACCAUUAGUUCUGUAUGCUUAAACACACUUACCUGCAUUUUACUGUUAUGUAUACUUUGCCAGUUGAUGUUCGAUUUUGCUGUAUUAGUUGAUUAAUGUAUUAUUGUGUUAUGUUAAAGACAUAUUAAUAAAAUAAAUCCAAUGUUGAUCA